AUGAUGGCUUUUGAUUAUAUAAUGGCUACGCCAAAUCCAAAUUCAAAUAAUUUAAAUCAAGAGAAGAAUAAACCAGAAGAAGAUAAUAAUAUAUAUAAUCAAAAUCAAAGACAAACACAAAGAUUUAAUAGUAUAAUUGAAGAUGAAAAUUUACAAUUAAAAUCAACUUAUUUACCAUCUAAUAAUUUUCAAUAUUCAAAUUUAGAUCAAUUAUCUUCAUCAAGUUUCCAGAAUUUAAAUUUAAAUCAAUCUAUUGGUGGUAUAAGUCCAAACUUGAUCAAGAAUUUACCAACUUCAUCAAAUACAAGUCAAAUGUGGAAUGCUCCUUCUAAUAUGUCAUUUAAUUCAAAUCAAUUACAAUCUAAUACUACAAGUCAGUAUCAUCAAACUCCACAACGCGGGUUAUCAUUGGAUUCAAGUAAUAUAUGGUCACAACAUCCAACAACUACAACAUCAGAUACAAACAUAUCGGCAAAUAUUUGGUCGCCACCUUUAAAUACCGUCAAUCAAUUUAAUAAUUCUCAACAACAAAUUUAUAAUAAUUCAAAAUUUUUGCAACAAAAACAACAAUCAAAUAAUAAUUUAUUUAAUGCGAAUAAUAAUAAUAUUAGUAACAAUAAUGGUAAUAAUGUAAAUUUAUUGAAUGAAAAUUAUACUUCAUCAAAUACAAAUGCAAAUAAUAGAUCUUUGUCAAUAAGUGGAUUUAGUCCACCCUCUUUAGAUGAAAUUAAUAGUAAUGGAACAACCACCACCACUAAUGAUUAUAUUGCAGGAUCCUCAUCAUUUUCACCACCAAAUUUAUAUGAUCCAGUAAGAAGACAUUCAUAUACUGAAAAUUUAUUAGGAGGAUCAGCAUCAAAUAAUGAAUUCAGUUCUAUUACAUCAACAAUUCAACAACCACAACAACAAUUUCAACAAAUUCAACAACCAUUACCAAAUUUAAAUGAUACAAAUGUAAUGAAGAUGGUUGAUGAAUAUUUUGAAUCUGAUCCUCAUGAAAGAGUUAAAGUUACAAUGCAAUUAUUAAAUGAUAGAUUUUUCCAUGAAGAAAAAUAUUUAAGUGAUGCUUAUCAAUUACCAAAAUUUCCAAUUGAAUCAUCUUUAAGAAAUUAUCAAUUAGUAUUAGUUGGUUUUAAAGCUGGUAGAAUUGAUGUAUUUUAUUUACCUUCUAGUGGGAGUGCAAAUACAACAUUUACAACAACAUCGUCAUCACCAACCUCACCAACAACCACAACAGCAACAUUGUUAAAUAAUUCAGAAAUAAAAUUAGGAGAUUUAGUUAUUGUUGAAGCUGAUCGUGGUAGAGAUUUAGGUAAAGUUUUUAAAUUGAAUGUAUCAAUUGAUGAAGCGAGAUUGUUAAAGUUAUUACAAUUUCAAGAACAACAAGCUGCAUUAAAUGAACACGUUGAAAAUAAUAUCUUAGAUGACUUAUCAGUUAAAUCAUUGUCUCAAAAUCUAAGCAAUGAUCCAAUGAAUACUUUUUUACCAUCACCAUUAUCUUCACAUCAUCAACAAAAUUCAUCGAUAUCACCACCAACUUUACAAUUUCCCAAAUCAGUUUUAUCAAUAGCACAACCAAAUGAAAUUUUCCAAAUUUUAAAUAAGAAGCAAGAUGAAGAAAAAGCUUGUAGAUUAUGUUUGGCCAAAAUAGCAAAUGCAACAAGUGGUUGUUUAUUAACUGGUGCUCCAAUUUCACCUACUACACAAGAUCUUUUACAAAUGAAAUUAAUAGAUAGUGAAUAUCAAUUUGAUAGAAAAAAAUUAAUUUUUUAUUAUUCAACUUCAAAAAGAAUUGAUUUUAGAGAUUUAGUUCGAGAAUUAUUUAGAAUUUAUAAGACAAGAAUUUGGAUGUGUGCUGUUAUUGGAUUACCUUUUGAAAUUUUGAAAAAACAAAAUUUAAGUCCUACUUUACAACAACAACAACAACAACAGCCACAAGGACAACAACCACCAGGCUUGGGUUUAAAUCAACCACCUUCACAAUUCAACGGUGGUGGAGGGUUAAGUAGAAGAUCAAGUUUACAACCUCAACCAAAUUUUACUAAUCAAUCAGCAUCUAAUUUACAACAUCAUCAAACUUGGCCACAAGAACAAUCUAGUCAAUUAAAACUUUCACAAUAUCCAGUGUCACAACAACAACAACCACAGCAACAAACUUUUCAACAACAACAAGGUCUAUUAAAUUUUAAUAAUAAUUUACAAAAUCAAGUCAAUGAUAAUUCUCAGUUUACUGAGUAUAAUCAAAACAAAUAUCAACAACACCAACAACAACCACAAAAUAUACUUGGUUCUUCAGAAAUUUACUCAAAUCAAGUUUUAAAACAAAACAAUCAACAAAUGCAACAUCAACAAGCUCAACAACAAGCUCAACAACAACAACAACAACAAUAUGCAUUAUUAAAUCAACAAAAUCAACAAGCAAAACAACAACAAAUUCAAAAAGUUCACGAACAAGCAAGACAACAACAUAAAGAACAAGAAACAAGAGAAUCACCAUCAUCAUAUUCAUUAGAUCAACAAUCCUCUACAAGUCCAUUAAUUAUAGAUCAAUCAUCAACAAGUAAAUCUCAAUCUCCAAAACAAUUAAACUCAUCAACAUCACUUAAUUCCUUAUCAUAUUCAAAUAAUCAAUCAAAUGAAAAAUUAGUUUUAAAAAGUUUAGUUGAUAUUAUAGAUUCCUAA